UACUAAGCGACUGUUUCCGAGUUAUGACGACAGUGUGCGAUAGUUUUCCGCAUAAAUUAUGAUAAACAACAUGGUCGAUAAAGCUGUUGUUAGGAGAUGAAAACGUUCAUUGCUAUCCUCGAAUAUUACUUUGAAAGGCCUUACGGGAAAGAUUGAUUGGUCAAAAAAUGUGCGAGCAAUGGACGUGCGACGAUAGAAGUAAAAUAUGCUUUUACAAGGAGCUUACUCUACUAAAUACCGAGCUGUCCUUCAAAAAAGACUUGAUAAUCAAAAAGACGAAGAAAGACAACAGUUCAAUGUAAAGUUAGCAAAGACAAAAGAAUUGUCACUAGAUACUAACAGGAGGAGAAGAGCGUUGGAAGCAAGGCGAAAAAAUUAUGAAGAGGAAGAGGAAAGGAUUCGACAAAAAAUACUCGCUCAACGCAAGAAAGAAAUUCAGGAAGCCACUGAAAAAUUCCAGCGCUCAAACGUCAUAAGAAGUGGUAAAAGGACCGUAAGACAAACCAGGACCAUGCCUGCGUCAAAAACAUCUUUCAAACAUCCCUACAACCGCACUCUUUCUUCUGCUAAGUCUCCCGAUAUGGUGAAUAAAAAACCAUAUUAUCCAUCAGUUGAAGAAGUUAUGACGCUAUUAAAUGCAGAUCGUGAAAAGUUAGAUAUGAAGGUUUCUAGAAUUCCCGACAACAAAUCACACGUUUUGCAUGAAGAGGCUAUGCAGGAGAAAGUAGAUGUGGAAGCGCACGAACAUGAAAAACUUCGUAGCGAAGUUGUUGGGCGUGUUGAGCCGAAGAUAGCUUUCGAAUCGGAAGAUAUUACUGCCGGUGUACUGCCCACUACCAUUCAAGAUGGUUCUCGUUCGGAAAGCUUGUCUAGUCUGGAUAGUCUAGAUGUAUUGCCUGACAAAGAACUAGAGCAAUUUCCCGAAUCCACUGGUACUCCUCGUUGCACAAGCACUCCUCGUUCCACAAUCACUUCCGUUGGUAUCAUUCGCCAGGGAAGUAAUAAAACGAGACAAGCAACUCGUGUCACCUUUAAAGAACACGUAGAAUAUAGUGAUGGUAUGGUUGGAAAUUUGAAAGGAUUGCAAAGAUCUGAAAUGCUCAGUGAUCCGUCUUUAAUUCCUAACAAGAUGUCCUGCUUUGGUUUACCGAACGGCAACACUGAAGAAAAUGACAAGCAGUUGUUGGUGAAGGGUGAUGGUUUGGGAUCAUCCAAAGAUAGUUUAAUCCUUAAUCGUUAUUUAUCGAAUAAGACUUAUGAUACAAUGAUCCAUCCUCAGACUGUUUCCACUCAAAUGGACAGUUCACACAACAAGCUGGGAGUCGGCGUUGCCACUGAUAAAUAUUCAGGAUCCAAAACGUCAAAACAGAAUACCAAUGUUACACCUGUUUUACCUGAUACUCGUGGGGGGAAUAGUGAUGCACAAGAAUAUACAAAGGUUCCACGUGACGACAUAAACAGAACGUUGAAUCAAGAUUGCGGUGGCAACCUAAGGAAUGAGAUCUAUCAAGACGCUGAUGUUUCAAAUCUUAAAGUUGUUAUGUCUCUUCAGGGAAAUGAAUAUGGCAGUGUACCAGUAACAGCCGUCGUUGCUGGCUCACAGGAUGCAACUCCUUCGUCUUUUUCUUCAUUAAAUGCAUCAAUGUUAAAGGACAGUCUAGAAAUGCACAAUGAUGUUAUUAAAAGUACCGGCAAAGAAAUGAAGUCCUCAAAAAUUACUGUUGGAAAUAGAGACACGAAAACGACAUCUUCAUUGCAGAAUGGAAAUGCGGAGGGUGAAAUAUUUAACGAUUUAAGCCGACAGUUUGAUAUAAAACCUGAUGUUCCCCUCGUACCUGUAACAAAGACUGAUUUCCUCUCGAAGGCUUUGAGAUCCAGCUGUAGGCAGGAAGAAUCGAAUCGAACAAAUGUGUUGUUCGACAAUUUAAGAAAUCGUGAUAAAUAUGAAUCCUCUAAUGAAUAUGAAACAACGCGAAACGAACGUGAGUCGUAUGCCCAUGAGAAUAAUUACGAAAGAAUGAUAAUUUCUCCACAGAAUAGCGAGAACUAUUGCCAAAAAAUUAGCAUACCUGUGCAGAAUGCUGGGAACAAUAACCAAAGAAUCGGUGUCUCACCACAGAAUGGUGAAAACCAGCAUCAACGAAUCGGUGUCCCGGCACAAAAUGGUAAAAUGCAUGAUGAAAACAAAUGGUUUGUUGAUAGAAAGCAAGUGCAGUCCGGUCAAUCUUACGCCAGCUCCCAUGAAGAAAAGUCUAUGAAGAUUAAUGGCGGACUUCCGCCUCGCCCCACUGCAAAUUCUAAGCAGACAAAGACUGAAUCCAGGAGUCGUCAACAUAUGAGACAGCAUAGUACGGUUCGUGUGAUGGCAAACCGUAAGGCUGCUCAUAAGUCGUUAUCAAGCAACGAGAGGAAAAAUUUUGCGUUGAGAAAACCUGAUGCAGCAGAUGAGUUGUUGAAAAGUGUGCAAGAAGAUAUUGAACGUUUAAAGAUGAUUCCAUUACAACCUAAUGCUGUUGUUAAGACCAUUUCAACAACGAAGGCAGCCCUCUCUUCAAAUGGAGAAUACGAAAGGAAGUCCAGUAGUGAGACAACUGGUUCUCAACAUCAGGUACAUAAGAGAGUUGAAAACAAGAGAAAUGAUGGUGUCAGUAUCAAACGGUUUCAUGCAAAUGAUUCGGAUACCAUGAUGGAAAAUGCUAGAAGUAGGUCAAAUAUCACAAGUGUUAACGAAUCUAGGCAUCGUAGUGGAAAUUGGAUUGAUGACGAAAGUGAUCUUGCAAGUCGUAUGCCGCAACACAAUUAUGUUAAUAAACGGAACUCUAACGCGAACUGCACCGUUGGUGCGGAGCCAUCGUAUGUUGGUACUCAGAAACAGGAUAUUUCUUCAAAUAUAAGAUAUAGUAGAUUUGAUAAAAAGCAAAGAAUGAAUAGCGAAGGGCUUCGAUUUCUCGACAAAACUCCAACCGAUGAAGAAAUCAAUAAUCUGUGGGAGACAGUGCGUACAUGCUUGAAGCACGAGCAGCCUCAAAAAGCUGCUUCUGAUUCCGUAGUAAAUAAUGUACGUUAUUCUAGGUCAGAGAAUGGUUCUUUGGUUGGUAAUCAUUAUUUAAUUGAAAAUCAAGCAUGGGGUGUGAAAUCAAAGGAUGUGAGUGAUAAUGAUAGCCAAAACUCAAGACGCUCGUUGAAUGCUUCGUUUCAUCGGCAGGGGUCUUUAGAUAAUUUUCAACGCCGGGGCUCAGAUAGAUAUACGCCCCCUAGAAAAGCCUCUUUGCUUCAUUAUCGCAGUAACACGAAUGAAAGAAAGUUGAGUGCUCGGACUUUGCAUGUUGGGCGUCCUCCGAUCAAUUCACAACAGCAGUAUUUGCGUACACUGCCAUCGCCAUCGAGAAGUUCUCGAGGGCCAAUGAAAUCAAGCAGUAAGAAAACAGACGAAACUGCUCAGCUUUCUUAUGCUGAAUUUCAAGCUGUGAUGCAUGCUUCUGCCGAUAUAAAAAACCGAAAUGUGGACAGUGGCCAUCAGAUGAACGUUCGGCCAAAUAUACACCAACCAGUCAUUUUAACUCACCGUAAAGAGCCUAGCGCAUUAUCAAUAGAAGAGAAGAGACUUCUCGAGUCUCUUGAUCGAUUAAACGAGCGGUUGAAAGUUCAAGAAGCUUUUGCUGGAAAGGUUGAUAAGAUACCUAGGAACGUUGUCACGCCAUUCAAUUUUUCACAGCAAUCCAACGAUUAUAAUUUUAACGGCAGCACCAGAUCAUUUCGUGACAAGCAUCCACAUAAUUCUUCAGCAAUGCUGAACAAAAGAUAGCCAAAUCCACGAAGAUGGGAUGCUUUUUAACACCUGUUUUUUGUUGCUGUUCUCACAGAGAAAGAAUAGCAUCAUUUUCACUCGCUUUUGAAAUUGUAAUAAUAAAAAAGAAUCUAAGACUUUAAUCGAAAUGUAAUUUUAUAUCAAUUACUGUACAACCCGCCAUGCUCUGCUCAUAGAGCAUUCUUAAAAAAUGCUUGUAAAUAGAUUUAAAUGUUGUAUAACAUAAAUAUAUUUGUAUCGUUAGAAAGCAAUGUAAUUAAAGAAAUCGCAAUAAUAGUAAGCAUCUUUUAUAAAAA